AAAACCCUAGAUCGGGAUGGCCACUGCCCAAUCCGUGACGUGCUCUCCUCCCCAAUUCGAGGCCUCCUCUCCUCCCCAAUCCUCGACCCCUCCUCAGCUGCUCUUCGUCGCCACCAUCUCCGCGCCGGUGGAGAUCGAGAUCUUCGGUCUCCACCAUCUCCGUGGCAGAAGAUACGAAGAAGAGGUCGCGCGUGGGAGACCGGGAAGAUGCGCUGCAGGAGCGCGCGCGCAGAGGAGGAUGCGCUGCCGCUCCUCUCCUUCGCCGUGGCUGCGCCGCCUCCUGUCAUCUCCUCUUCCGCUCCCCUACGUGCAUCCUCGCAGCGGCAGGGAGGUCGAGCGCCGGGUACAGCACGAGCGGCAGCUGGAGGCAGAGUUGUGGUGCUGGAGCAGCAGUAGCUCGCGGCCAGGUGGAUGUCGGGUGUGGAUCUACCUACCUGCUCAUCUUUGCUGCCUCCGUUCACCGACCUGGUCGCCUCCGUGCGCAGCCGUCUGCUGUCCUGCUCGUCUUCUAGCUUGCCCAUCGCACACAGCAGGGCAUAGGAGGAGGACGACCAGGAGGUGGCGGAGAUGGAUCUCCCUAUUCCCCUUUGCUACAGACCAAAGGUGAUGACAUGCCCUCGCUCGCUGAUCUCGAGCUUCAGCCAUCUUAUGGAGGACACCGUCUGGUAGAUGUCCUGCGCAAGCCCGCUAUGCCGCCUCCAGCACUAGGAGAUGAGGCGGCUCGGAGGUCCGGCCUCCUCAUAUCCCUCGUCACCAUCCGCACACUCAUGGCGGCGUACAUUGCCCACCAGAAGGACUGCAGGCUCGUCGACUUUGUGCGUGGCGUCAUCCUCGUCAAACACAAUGCCCACAACCUGCUACUGUCGCCGAGAGAGUGUAUGUUUCAGAGUGGUGUGGAAGGGUUGAGCAGCGAUAGAGGUUUUUUUAGUCCUAGGUCUUUUCUCCAUGGGUUGAGAAGUGCAAGCAGUUUUGUUACAUCUUGUUUCUUUGAUUAUCAAGUACAGUAUACUGGAGCAUAUCAACUUCUUAAAUUUAUGUUGCAGCCUAGAAUAUAUCAACAUCAAAAAUAUAUCAGCCAGUUUCUGUACGGGAGAGAUAGGUGGUUCUGGAGGUCGAGCAGGGAGGAGGGAGCUAGAGAAGCGGUGCAGCGACGGAGUUGGAGGAUCAGGGAGGGGCUAUGUUGGCCCGGCUCUGUCCCUCACGAAGAUGAGCACAUCUCCCUCCUCACCCCUUCUGAGCUGAGCUUCUUCUUCCAACUCAUGGCAGGGCUUGGUGGUCUCACAGGGGCAAGGUUUUCCCACCACAUGCUUGGUUCAGACAUCUUGUCAUCCUUGUUGUCUGCGCUCCUCAACUGAAUGUCGGCGUGGACGCCGGCGUGGACGCCGGCGUCCACGCCGGCGUAUACCUGAGGGUGCAUUUGAGCAGCGAUGGUGAUCUUGCCGAUUCAUGCUGGUGAUCUAAUACUAGGUGUUGACCAUGAGGAUUUCACUUUGAAAAGCACGGUGGUGUAGAGUUGGCUGAGCUGUCAAUGGUGGCGGGUUUUUAUGAUUAGGAUUUUGGUGCUUGGCUAUUUCUCUGGAGUGACUAAGGUGCUAAUGCGGAUAUGCAUUUCAUUCCAAGUAUUAUGGACAGUGAUUCUUUCUGUACCGGCAAGACCUCAGAUUCACCCAAUGUUGGAGGUUCUAGGUGAACAAAUGCUUAUCGUAGGAUUGGAGUCUACCUUAGGAUCAGUUUAUCCUAUGGGCCUGUACUACAGUGUUUAUCUGGCGACGGGGAGCUACUGCUGCCGGAGCAAAAUACGUGUCUUCCCCGAGCUGAAGCCGCCAGCCACCGCUCCUGCUUGCUGCUGCUGCCGAGAAAAAUCGCAGGCUUCUUCAGUUAAACAAGAACUGAUGCAGAAAUUAUAGAACCCUAUGUGAAGAAAAUUAUGGAUGAGAAUCGUGGAUAGAAGUAUGGGUGUGGAGCCAUGGGGUGUUCAAAAGUUUUGCAUGCUCCUGAGUUUGUUCAAAAUCAUCUAAAACUCACGCACCCUAACUUGGUCUCUGUGUUGACUUCUGGAUUUUUUUGGUGAUAUCACCUGAUCAUGUAUGCUGCUCAGUUGUGCGGGUGUGCCCCUUUGUCUUUGAAUUCAGCUUUGUUGAUUGUUAUUGCUUUCCUUUUUUCAGAAUAUUGAUAUAGUGAUAUUAUUUCCACAUUGGUAAGCUGAAACAUGUCAUUUAUGUUUCUGCCUACCAUAGUUUGUGAAUCAGUCAUUUUGUGGAAUUGAACCUGCUCCAUUCAAUUACGAAACCAUGUACUUAGUACAUUCAGCAAUUGUUUUGUUUCUCUUGUUCCUUCAGGAUUGUAUAUCUACUGAUCAGUUCCACA